UUGUACACGUGCAGGAUAGUAAUGGAUGUCGAAACUGCAAUUAAAAUAUACACUACAAAAGCAGAGAAAGCGGAAGAAGAAAUACAACUCUUAACAUCAGAAUUAGAAGAACUGAAAAAGUUCAAAAAUGGAAUCACUUGCACGAGUGAUGUGGACUGUUCACCAGAACUGGAAAAACUUCGUGUUGAAAAUAUGAAGCUGAGAUAUCGAAUUGAAAUUUUGAAGAAGAGUCUCGAAGAAGAGGAGUCAAGAGCUGGAGAAUUCAUGAAUAGUCCUAGGGAGCUAAUUCUUGGAAUCUUCAGGCAAGCUGUAAAAGAGGCUUUUCCUGAAAUUGAAGAUCCUCCGGUUCCAGUGUUGCCUAGUAACCAGGAGAAGUUUGGAGAUUAUCAAUGUAACAGUGCUAUGCCGAUAGCUCAGGUAAAAGAUUUUGUUUUAGUUUUACAUAUAUCUAAUAACCAAAUUUAGAGAUUCGUGCUAAUA